GUUUGCUCUCUCUCUCUCUCUCUCUCUCAUGCCCUUGUCAGGGUGAGGUUUCCUUCUUGGUUUUGUAUAUAAGCUUAACCUACCUACAGCUGAAGAAAGUAUCUUCUUGUGCAAUACCCUCUGAAGAAAUUAAAGAACUUGAUGGAGCUGAUAAUCAUCAUCACUCUUCUUAGCUUUUCUUUCUCUUAUCUAAUACCAACUUCUUCUUCCCAAAUUCAAUUGGAACCUUCACUCCAACUUGAAGAUGGUAAUACAGGAGCAGUAGUCAAUACAAACCUGCAGCUUUCUGAUCUUCCAACAAUUCCUAGAAAGCUAAGAUUCACUGAGAAGGUUAAAGAAGUUGAUGAAGCUAGAGAUCUUGCAUCAAACAAGCAGCAGGAGGGUUCCUUUGCUUCAGGGAAGCAAUACCAUAGAAAGCAAAACAUGGUGCUUGGGAAAAAGGGGACAAGACAAGAAUGGAUGGAGGUGGAUGACCCUUCACAAUACUUUACUGUGGAUUAUACCCGAGUGAGAAGACGACGUCCCAUACACAACAAGCAAUUGCCGGUUGGUCCAUAAGCACGAUGAAGAGAAGAUAACCUGUUUUCACUCUGAUUGGUCUUGAUGAAGCUAGUAGUUACAUACAACUUAGGAGGCCUUUUAGGUUACAAUUUUGCCAAAUGUGUGUAAUUAGCUAGGAAUGUCUGGAGUGUGUCUUAUGACCUCACUUUUGCCUAUAGUGGCCAGCAUUAGGGAGCAAAACCCAAAACUUGUAAGAAAACUAGGACUUCACCUAACUAACAAGUACUGUUAGGUAAUUAUUCUCAAUGAAUUAUUUGUUUUUCUUUUCCUUGGUGUUAGUAGUCAAAUGGGUUUCCUAUGGCCAACAUUUCGUAAAACAUGGUCUCGGAAAGUCAAUUUUGGAUUUGUAUAUUAGGUGGAACCCAACAUAACGU